UGUCUGCCGGAAACAGGAAAGAGAGAGUGAAGAACUUACGCGCAACAGCCACCACGGUUGGGCGCUGCGCCCUUUAUUUGGAGUCCACCAUGCAUCGCCCGCCGUUUCCAAUGAUAUCGAUCGAUACCCCGGAGAUGAUAAGUUAAACUCGUGCGCUGGGGUUCAGAAUGUGAAAGAGACACUCCAGGUCCCGGCCCCUACUAAUAAGUACUGACCCCACACAGCGUGUUCUUGGCGACUUCUACGGCGGCAGUCAAUACACAUCAGUCGUUUUGCGACAGGCCACUUGGCAAGUUUCCUUCUUUCUUUCUCUCUUUCACCUUUCUUUCGCUUUCGUCUGCAUGAUGCCAACUAGCAACAGCGUUGGCGUGGAGAAGCAGAAUCGCAAAGCUUCCAUGACCGACGCCGAACUUGGAACCUGUAGUGACACCGUACACUCAAAUGGCCAUGAUUCUACCCUGAACAACAUGGGAACAUCCUUUGUGCUGCCUGUAUUCCAACGGUACAUGGGUCGGCAGAAGGUAUUCUGGCAUCGGUUGAGUGGGAAGGAUCGGACGAGAGUGCCAGGUUGGCUGGAAAGUGGAAAGAAUAUCGUCACUUCUUCUUACUUGAACUUAUUGUUUGUAUGUUUCCCCAUCGCCUGGGUCGCACACUUCUUGCCGCAGACAUUCAGUGACCGAGCUACUUUCGCGCUAUGUUUCCUCGCCAUUAUCCCGCUCGAGAAACUCUUCGACUGGGGCGGCGAGCAAAUGGCACUCUACUUGGGCAAAGACUUGGGUGACCUGGUGAUCAUCUCCCUCAAUAAUGCUGUGGAAGCGACAUUAGCCAUUAUCUUGUUAGCACAUUGCGAACUCCGGAUCCUCCAGUCAACUAUCAUUGGCGUCGUGAUCCUCCACCUACUGCUCAUACCUGGAACGGCCUUCUUGACUGGCGGUGCUCAAGUCUGGGAACAAAAUUUGCACCCUCACCCAACGCAGCUCAAUCAUUCUUUGCUGACAAUUGGCGUUUUGACAAUCAUGCUUCCCACAGCUUUCUUUGCGGCGCUGGAUCGCGGCGCAUUUGGUAUCUCCGCCGCAGGUGAUACACUUUUUGCAGGUCCUCUCCUUACCGAUGAAACCCGAGACCAGCUCUUGCGUAUGAGCCGAGGUCUCGCUGUUGUUCUGCUCGUGGUGUAUAUUGCCUCCCGCUUUUUCUUAGCGAAUCCUCCGGGCGAAGAUAAUGCUCUGAAAGUUGCGCCGAAUGCUCCACUCGAGUUGAAGCAAGAAGAACAUCAUUUGACCCAAAUCGAACCUGAGAUCGGUCCUUGGGCUUGUAUUCUGAUGCUCGCGGUUACUGUCGCUAUCAUGGCUGCUACUGCUGAAUGGCUUGUGGAGAGUAUUGAAUUUGUGCGAGAGGAAGGUGGUAUCGAAGACGAGUGGUUUGGUCUCAUUCUGUUGCCUAUCGUCUCUUUCUCCGCCGACGGCACUGUGGCCAUUGUCUAUUUCUGUCGUUCUUUGAUCAACCAUUUCAUUGGACGCAAGACUAUGGUCCCAUCUCAACUCGCCAAAGGACGGGCUAUUGACUUGAGUAUUCAAUUCACCCUCUUCUGGAUGCCUUUUCUCGUUCUGCUCGCCUGGUGGAUCAACAAGCCGCUGCACUUGAUGUUCGAUUACUUCGAGCUGGCUCUCCUCCUUGGAUCCUGCUUUUUGGUUAAUUAUGUGACCGCGGAUUCAAAGACGAACUGGAUCGAGGGUUUAAUCAUGGUUUCCUUCUAUUUCAUGAUUUCUAUUGUUGCAUGGUUCUACGCUGGUCAACCUGAACAAAACAUCAUGCUAGCCUGCCACGAAAGCGUGGCCCAGUUCAUUGCUUCUGGCGGUGAAGGCGAAGGAGGUGAGGCCGCUGCCGAAGGGGGAGCGGCAGCCUUCCGGGUACUCGGAAAGCUCUUCACUUAAGCUCGACCAUUCCUCUUCUUUUCUCUGCCAUGUACACCCACAUUGUAUCGGUUGUAAUUUCUUGGUUUGUGGCCUCAUCUCAUCAUUGCAUCUAGGUAUCGUAGAUAUCGCUCAUACAUACAUACACCUUGGACUUGUAGAUACCUCGCAAACAUAAUUUACCCACUUAGUUUCGAUCAUUGUGUCACCUCUCCAUUCGCCGGCUGAACACGUUUUACAUACCUCCCA